CUAGCGCACAUCCCUCACCUGCCUCAGCUCCUCUCCUCCGACUCUCUGCUGCACACAUCCUGAGAGGGAGAGGCAAAGGAGGAAGAGAACCAACGUGAGGGACUCAGACUUUAAAACAACUUUUACGCACACUUUUGUUUUUUGUUUUUUUAACUUAUCGUCGACUUUGCCUUUUUCUUCAGAGGCUUUCUUCUUAUUUUCUUUAUUUGCCAAAGUAAACUAAAGUUUAUUAUGAAGCUUGUAGGAUUCGAGGUCAAGUUGCGCCUGGAGGGGCAUUUUUGAACGCUCCUGUUCAUUUUUUUUUUUGUUGGCACGUUAAUUAAGACAACCACUGGGACUUAAGUUACACGUUAAGCUCGUGCCAUAGCGUCAGCGGAGGCGUUUGGCCAUAGGGGACUUCAAUCCAGUGCCAAGUUGGCGAACGGGAGACAGAAGUUCUGCGCAAGCGGUGGAUUUAUAUAAAGAGUAAAACGAAAAAACCCGCCACGGUUAUAAUCUGGAUUCCGUGAUGUUUAUGUGAAAGUUUCCCCCAUCCGAAUUGAUUUCGUUCGGACAAGGGGAGACUUUAAUGGAUUUUUUAUGUGGGACCCGCUAGGAUGGACGUGGUAGAUGAAACAGAAGCGUUACAGAGAUUUUUUGAAGGUGCUUUCAUCUCAAGGACUUCAACAUGCUUUGGCUUCGUGCAGACUCAAGUCAACAUAUGGAAGGACUGAUAGGAGGGACAUCUCUGUUUGAAGGUCAUGAUAUUACCAGUUCUCUGGAGCCAACCAACAUCGACACCAGUAUCCUGGAAGAGUACAUCAGCAAGGAGGACGAUAGCACUGACAUCUGUUUCUCAGAGGUCCACAGCACCCCAGGACCAAAUUACUCAUCUCCCCAGGCAGGAGUGUCCUCCUCUGGAGGGUUGGUGUGUGGUGUGAGCCCCCCUAUUCCACUACGCCAAGGAGCCCCACCACCUGGGCCCUCUAGCUGUCAGAACGCCUACCCUCCAGGUCCAUCCCUGGGCCUCCGACACAACUACCCCUGCCUGGGCCAGCAGCAGCAGCAGCAGCAGCAGCAGCAGGGUCACAUCAAGCCUGAGCACAGAGGCCAUUACGCUCCAGGGACUCUACCAGAGUCCCCCCCAGACUCCAGCUCAGAGCCGUACUCUCCCCAGCAGGUGAAUGAUCCCCACAUGAUCAGGACCAUGACACCAGAAAACAUGUGUCACAUGACUCCGACGCCGCCACUCCCGCCACACGGGCACUAUCCCAGCAUGCAUCGGGACAUGUACCUGAAGCCCGAGCCCAUGAUAUCGCAGUAUCCUAUUGGACCGGCCACGAGCGGAAGUGGAGACAUGCAGCAGACGCAGAUGCUCCACCAGCUACUGCAGCAUCCUCAGGGGCAAGACGGCAUCCCUGUUCAUCAGGCUAAGAAGAGGAAGCACUCAGACUCUCCCAACAGCACCCUGAAUUCCCAAAUCCUCACAGGUAUCAUCAAACAAGAACCAGGUUUAAUGCAGGAUGCAGACAACAGCUACCUGGACCCAAACUACCAGUGUAUUAAGUGGCAGCCUCACCAGCAAAACAAGUGGACACCACUGUAUGAUGCUAACUGCAAAGAGCUUCCGAUGCCGACCUACCGUGUUGAUGCCGACAAAGGCUUCAACUUCUCCUUGGCUGAUGACGCUUUUGUUUGCCAGAAGAAGAACCAUUUCCAGGUCACAGUAUACAUCGGCAUGCUCGGAGAUCCCAAGUACAUCAAGACGAGCGAUGGACUGCAGCCCAUUGAUUGCUUCUAUCUCAAACUGAACGGAGUGAAGGUGGAAGCCAUGAAUCAGUCCAUCAGUGUGGAGCAGUCGCAGUCGGACCGCAGCAAGAGACCCUUCAAACCAGUGCUCGUCACUUUGCCGCCAGAGCAGGUCACAAAGGUCACAGUGGGACGCCUCCACUUCAGCGAGACCACAGCAAAUAACAUGAGGAAGAAGGGCAAACCAAAUCCUGACCAGAGGUAUUUCAUGCUGGUGGUGGCUCUGCAUGCACAGUCCCACAGUCAGAGCUACACUGUGGCUGCUCAAGUGUCUGAGAGGAUCAUCGUCAGGGUAACGUCUGGCCAUGCAUCCAACCCAGGCCAGUUUGAAAGUGACAAUGAGGUGCUGUGGCAGCGCGGCCAGCUGCCAGACUCAGUCUACCACCACGGGAGAGUUGGUAUCAACACCGACCGACCGGACGAGGCCCUCGUUGUCCAUGGCAACCUGAAGGUCAUGGGCUCUCUGGUUCACCCGUCCGACAUCAGGGCCAAAGAGAAUGUCCAGGAGGUCGACACCACAGACAAUUUAAAACGGAUUUCUCAGAUGAGGCUGGUCCAUUAUCAGUACAAGCCUGAGUUUGCGGCCACCGUGGGCAUAGAGACCACCGCAGAGACGGGUGUGAUCGCCCAGGAGGUUCAACAAAUCUUGCCUGAAGCAGUGAAGGAGGGGGGCGAUGUGGUGUGCGCCAAUGGGGAAACUAUUCCCAACCUGUUGGUUGUCAACAAGGAACGUAUCUUUAUGGAGAACGUUGGAGCAGUGAAGGAGCUGUGUAAGCUGACAGAUAACCUGGAGACCCGUAUAGACGAACUGGAGCGCUGGAGCCGCAAGCUGGCCAAGCUGCGUCGGCUUGACAGCAUGAAGAGCACAGUGAGUGGAGGCACAGUCAGCCAGUCGGGAAGUUAUUUUAGCAGGACAGGGAGCGGCCCUCUCAAGAAGAAGACAGUCAGACCUGGCAGCAAGAACUCGUCUCCAGAUCCGGGCUGCAUCAGUCAGAGGUUCAUGCAGGGGACGAUCCUGGCACUGGUCAUCGUCAUGGCCUUCAGUGUCAUUUCAAUGUCCGUCCUUUACGUGCUCACUCUUCACCACAGAGGAGACGUGACAGAUAAAGAUGGCUAUGUUCCUACCUGUGUUCUCUACAUCUCUUGGAUGCCCAUCUUCACUGCCACUGUAACUGUCUGUCCACCUGUCUGCCCAUGGUCAAGAGCUGCGCUUGGGUCGUCACGCAAAAGUCCAAAUACUCCACUGUCCACCACCCCAGCACCAGCUUGCUGUUCUACCACAGCCGUGAACAACCAAUCAGCUACCGUUUUGACACUGAGUAACAACCAAUCCACACCAGGUUUAGGCGGCCUGUUUCCCACACCGAGCACUAUAAAUAAGAAGGCCAAGUCCAGACCAAUGGAUAAGGAUGGCCACAGAAACCGUGUGACUCACACCUCGGCCCCCAUGUACUUUUCUAAGUCCAAGAGGCCUGUGUCUACAGACAUGGAGGGGGUAGGAACCACCAACCGUCUACCAGGGGGGCAGCAGCCAGUGCCACGCAGACAACGCAGACAACUGCACGCAAAGGGAGGAAGGUCAGGCCCCUCUCUCAGUAGUGUAUAUAUUGUGGAGACAAACCAAGUAAUCGCAACACAAAGUUGCGCAACAGCGGAAAGCUGCAGCUACACAGUAUCACUCCACGGAAAGAGAAAUUCCUCCAUCUCACAAAUCACUUUGCAUAUAAUGUCCACAAACAACGUGUGGGUACGACAAUGUGAAGCCACCAAAGGACGUUUAUGCCCCAACCACACAGAAACCGAGCUCUAUGAUGGACAGAGUACAUCAACAAAGGGGACUCAUCACCUGUGGUCACUGCCUCUGCUGUCUUUCCAGGACAUCACCCAUCACUUCCGCGUCUCCCUUUCUAGUGAAGUAACUUGUGCCACUGAAGGAAAAUCCUCAUCAUACUCUGACUACCAUUUUAUCUUCCAAAGCAGCUGCAUGUGAGGAGGAAGACGACUUGUCCCAGUGCCUUUACAGUACCCUCUAUUAUUCCACUGCCGUUCCAUUUGUAUGCUGUUUUGAUGGGAUAGGGCUUUGUUUCAUUAUUGUAUAUUAUUAUAAAGAUACAAAGCAAACUAUAUACCGUACCACUGUCCACACUGUAAUCUCCCCCAUUUGUACAUGUACAUGCAUUAAGACAUCUCUUCGUGCUGUGAUCACUGGAGUUUAAAACACUGUUUUUAAAGUUUGUUUUUAUUUUUAUUUUUAUUUCUGCCACUGAAAAUGUUUUAGAUGACUGCCAUUGACAACUGUGUUGUGUCACUGUUAACAUCCAUAUGUUUUAUAACUCACUUUAUUACUGAUCACUAUGUCUUCCAUUUGUAAUAAUUACUUUUUAGCAGCAAGUCCACGCUAAGACUUUGUAGAUGACACUGCACACAUUUUUGUUUAGUCACACUAGGAGUCUGUAUGCACACUGAAACCAGUGUCACCCCAAAACAAAAAUACUUUUUAAUAGUUUUAUACACUGGAGAGAAGAUCUUGGCUCAGUAAGUGGUUGCAGCUUGCAUUGAAAAUAUACCUCAGUAGUGCACACUGGCAAAUCCUGGGUCUCUACAGUGGAGCCUUGUAUUGAGGCUGUUGCAGUCGACCAUAUUAUACUGCAUCCGAAUAAACACUGCACAGAGAGGGGAAUACAUUGUAGUAUUUCUGUCUCAGUCGUGACACUGAAUGAAACAUCAAGUCGGUACAUAAAAUAUUUACGCAUGACUACACGGAAAUCGUUCCUCAAGUGAACACGUCCGAAGUGUCAUGCCCCUUCUAGCAGAUUCACUGGAUGGCUUAUACGUUGAGACUGGAUAAUUCAACAAAUCACUGGAAAUUAACAUGUAGAUACACUGACAUACACAUAGUAGCUGAUUGUCCAACACUGACAAUAUUUCAAGGAACACUGGAAUAGCUUACACUGUAUUUUGCUAACUGGACAAUGCUGGGAAGGCAAUAAAUGGCAUACGAUACCAUUUCAGGUGCAUGCCCAAUCAUUUCUCUAAAAUAAUACAUUGCAGCUCAGAAGCAACUCGGAGGCAACUCAGAUGCUGCUUCAGCUCGGAAGUUCUAUUUUAAUGUCUUGAUCAUGAAGCUGAGAAGGAGUUUAAUUAAACACAGUGUGGAUAUGAAAUAUGAUGUUAUACACUGGACUCCUUUAUGUCUCUUGAUGUCUUAAAUAUAUUACUUGUGACUAUACAACUAAGGAUAUGCAGUGAUAAUACUUUUAAUGUAACUGAAUUGUGUAAUAUUUUCCUUUUGUAUUACAUUUUCUUGUUUCUGAGAAAUUCUCAGCUUAGUUUUGCUUUUGUUGCUUAUGUUGAAGUUAGCCAUUAAAUCCAUAUUCCGAAUGUGUCUGUACUCAGAAAGAAAAACCACAGCAAGACACAAAUGAAAUAUCAAUAUUAAAUAGGAAGAACAGCCAUCAGACAAAGUUUAUGGAAUUUAUAAUAAUAAUAUGAAGACUCUGUACAAUGCUUUUGCUAUAAUUAUUACUACUUCAGUGGGUAGAGUGUACGAUUUUAGCUUAUUUAUAAUGCACCAGCCAGCAAAAUGAAACCACUGUGGCACUUUUUGCACUGUAUAUAUAUAUGAACUGCUUUUGCUGUAUCCAGUGCACACGACUGGUGUCAGAUACAGAUAGAACUGCUCUACAUGUAACUGUAUAGCUUCAUUUUGUUACUACUAUGGGGUGUGUGUUAUCAUUUUUCCUUUUUUUAUAUUUGUUUAUCAGAAACUUUUAGCUAUUGGAGAACAGAAAUGAUUGAUAAGCAUGACAGCGCUCAUCACACACACACACAUUUGUCAUUGUCGCACUAGUUGUAAAGGAAAAAUGUCAUAAGACUAAAACAAAUUGACUAUUCAUUAAUAUCGCUACUUUAUAGCCCAUUACAUCAUAACAAUUUCGAUGCUUUUUUUUGUAAAAAAAUAAAAUAAAAAAAUGCUGUAAUACUAUGAAUGCAUGCAGUAAAUAAAUUUGGGAUUGAAUUUAUUGA